AUGCUGACGUUUCUCAUCUUUGCCACAACGGUCCUCUAUGGACAUUGUUCAGAGGAGUCACUGAAGGAAAAUGGGCGCGUCGUUGGGGGCUAUGAGGCAAGGAAGCAUGGGUGGCCAAGCCAGAUCUCCCUCCAGUACUAUGCAAAUGGCGGCUGGUAUCACACUUGUGGCGGGACAUUGGUGAAACAAAACUGGGUGAUGACAGCGGCUCAUUGCGUAGACAGAAACAUGAAUUUUCGUGUGGUUCUUGGUGACCACGACAUUUAUCAGUAUGAAGGCCCGGAACAGGUCAUAAGUGUGGGGCGCAUCUUUGUGCAUGAAUAUUGGAACAGCAACAAUGUUGCUGGAGGCUAUGACAUUGCCUUGCUCCGUCUUUCUCAAAGUGCAACCCUGAACACCUAUGUGCAGCUCGGUGCUUUGCCACCAUCUGGUCAGAUUCUGGCCAACAAUUAUCCGUGCUAUAUCAGUGGCUGGGGCAUGACACGAACUAAUGGGCAGCUGGCAUCAGUCCUUCAGGAAGCCUACCUCCCUGUCGUGGAUUAUGCAACCUGCUCCAAUCCAUCCUAUUGGGGCAGCACAGUCAAGAACACCAUGGUGUGUGCAGGAGGUGAUGGGACACGUUCAGGAUGCCAGGGUGAUUCCGGAGGGCCGUUGCAUUGCCUGGUGAACGGCAAAUACUAUGUACAUGGAGUCACUAGCUUUGUUUCCAGUUCUGGGUGCAAUGUCUAUCGGAAACCCACGGUGUUCACCCGUGUCUCUGCCUAUAUUUCCUGGAUCAAUAAUAUAAUUUCCUCCAACUGAAUGAGCUAGAAAGGAGAAAUUAAUUACCUCAGAUGGGAAUGUCAUUGCCUGGUC